AUGGCGAGCAUGAUUGAGACAAUCUAUAUCGCCAGACACGGAUACCGGUUGAACUGGGUAACAAGUAAUUGGAAGUCCGAGACAGGCCUUCCUCGCGAUCCACCUCUAGCUGCCUUCGGCCUGACACAAGCCCAAGAGCUGGCCGACUAUUUCCUUUCCCUUCCCGCUGAGGAGCGUCCGACUGCUAUAUUUUCGUCGCCCUACUAUCGGUGUCUACAAACUUCCCAGCCCACCUCGAUUGCUCUUGGAAUACCAAUCUAUGUCGAACACGGUCUAUCAGAAUGGUAUUCUCCAGUUGCGCCGGGGACAGGCCUCCAUCCGCGUCCUACAUCCGCGUCCUCCCUCCGCUCUUACUUUCCCCACAUCGAUGACUCGUGGUCGUCAAUUUGGUAUCCCUCCCGCAGAGGCGAGGACGUCGAACAGUGUCACGAUCGCGUCAACGGUCUGCUUUGCGCGCUCAUUCCCGAGGUCGAGCGCAGAUUCUCCGACAAGCACAAACGGAUACUGCUUGUGAGCCAUGCUGCCACCAUCAUCGCACUCUCGAGAGAGCUCGUGGGCAAAAGGGACUUACCACUGAGGGUGGGCUGCUGUACAUUGUCGGUACUGGAUCGGCCGGACGAUACCAAGAUCGUCGGUCAUUGGAACCCACAGCGUUUGGCGGAUGGGGGCCAUCUGAAAGAUGGUGCUUCGAGAGAGUGGGGUUUUGAAGACAUCCUAAUCGCGAAUGGAAGGGUUGUAGAUGAUCCCGGCCAACCAGGUUCAGAGCACGAAUCGGACGAGCCGGUAGGAUUGCAAUUGACGAGUCGUACCGCACGGAUGUGA